AUGACAACGCACCCGGAAUGGAAUCAAGAGACGGGCGGUCUUGAGGUUGCUAAGGCGUUCUCUGACCAGAUCCAAGGUCGAAAUGUACUCAUCACCGGAGUCAGUCCUGAAAGCAUAGGCUCAUCAACAGCCAUUGCAGUUGCUUCACAGUCGCCUAGUGUCUUGAUCCUCGCAUCCCGGACCCAAUCCAAACUCGAUGAGGUUGUCAAGAAGAUCAAAGAGGACUACCCGAGUGUAAAUGUGCAGACAGUACUUCUUGAUCUCGCCUCUCAGGAAGCCGUGAAGAAGGCCGCUGCGGAAAUAUCAAGCAUUACAAACAAACUCGACUUGAUUAUCAAUAAUGCAGCCGUCAUGACACCUACCCUACAACAUACAGCGGAAGGAAUCGAGGCACAAUUCGGUUCAAACCACAUUGGACAUUUUCUUCUCACAAAUUUACUUCUUCCUUCGUUAUACGCAGCGGCAAAGUCGAGCCCUCCAGGUGCCACCCGUGUCGUCAAUCUCACAAGUCUAGGUCACAGGUUGAGCCCGGUCAGAUUCCAUGACUACAACUUCGAAGGCAAGGAGAUACCCGACGAAGAGAAGUUUCCGGGGAAGACUCUACCUCCUAUAUUUCAAGGAAAGAACGGAUCUGUCUAUAAUGGCUAUAUCGCAUACGGGCAAGCGAAAACUGCAAACGUUCUGUUUUCGCUUUCCCUUACGGAGCGGUUGAGGGACCAGGGUAUUGUCUCCUAUGCAGUUCAUCCAGGAUCAAUCUGGACCGGCCUAUCUCGAAACCUAGACGCGGAAGGGGAAGAAGCAAUCCGUAAGACGAGUCCCUUCUGGAAGAACCACGACCAAGGCGCGGCAACCACUAUUGUAGCAGCGUUUGAUCCAGCUCUCAACCAAUCUCAAGGACUCUUGUUGCACGACUGCCAAUUCACUGAUGCUGCUCCACAUGCUAACGAUCCAAAACUCGCGGAGAACCUGUGGGCCUUGAGUGAAAAGUUAGUAAAACGAGAUUUUAAACUUUAG